AUGGAAGUCUUUGUAGAUACUGCGCUUUUGUUUAAGCAGAUUCAAGAAAAAGUUACAAGAGAUGGUGACGAAGAAGGAGAAGUCACCGAAGAGCUUUUCGAAAGUGAGCUCAAGGUUCUUCGAAAGAGAUUAAGACUCAAGAAUCCACGAGAUACUCCUUUGGAGCAUGAGAUUAGAACUGCGAAUUCGAUUUGUGCUUACUUCUGGCAUGAGAAUGGCAUCAAGAAGGCAUAUGAACUCUUCCCUGAUGCAUUCGAGCCCAGAUCGACACGAAAGGCCUCGGAAGUCAAGAAUGAGAAGGUUGAGGAGAAACCUGUUGUGGCAUCAGCAUCAUCAAGUCUAUCAACGACUACGAUUGCUGACAUGCCGUUGCAUGAUUGGUUGAUUCUCAAGCAAGGAGAUCCAGAUACUGCCCAAGGAGUUGAUGGAAGUUUGGAAGGCUAA